AUGCUCCAUGGGCAGCAUCCAUGCUCAGCGGCGCUCUACGAAGGCCGCAAGGCCAGCAAGCGCAUGGACUUCGGCACAGGUCACCGGAAUACCAUCAGGUGGAACAACUUCGGCCGCUUCUUUACCUUGGGUGGUUAUGGCCAACUGAAGGGUGACACCGAUUUCUGGGACAAGCCUGGAAAGAAGUUGAUGGCCUCGACUCGAAUGGAGUGCUGUGUGGUUUGUGGCUGGGCUCCUGAUGGAAGACACUUCCUCACGGCCACCACUGCUCCAAGGAUGAGAGUGGACAACAAGAUCGAGAUCUACGAUUACCUCGGGUCACCGCUGGGAAGAAUCGAAUUUGACGAACUUCUCCUAGCAGGCGAGGAACGCGAGGACUCGGUGUGUGGUGGGCUAUCGGACUGGGCCGAGUCGGACUCGGCUGGUGGGCUGACAUGCCCCAGGCUGUGA